GCGGAGCGAGACGGAGAAAGAGACAGAGAGAGGGAGGGAGAGAUGGUUUCGCUGAAGCUCCAGAAGCGGCUCUCCGCGAGCGUUCUCAAGUGUGGGCGAGGCAAGGUCUGGCUCGAUCCCAAUGAGGUCAACGAAAUCUCCAUGGCCAACUCUCGCCAAAACAUAAGAAAGUUGGUCAAGGAUGGUUUCAUUAUCAGGAAGCCAACCAAGAUUCACUCUCGUUCCCGUGCCCGUCGCAUGAAGGAGGCCAAGAGAAAGGGACGUCAUUCUGGAUAUGGUAAGCGUAAGGGUACGAGGGAGGCAAGGCUGCCCACCAAAAUCCUAUGGAUGAGGAGGAUGCGUGUUCUUAGGCGCUUGCUUCGCAAGUACAGGGAGUCGAAGAAGAUUGACAGGCACAUGUACCAUGACAUGUACAUGAAAGUGAAAGGUAAUGUUUUCAAGAACAAACGUGUGCUGAUGGAGAGCAUUCACAAGUCAAAGGCUGAAAAGGCAAGAGAAAAGACUUUGUCUGAUCAGUUUGAGGCCAAGAGGGCAAAGAACAAGGCCAGCAGGGAGAGGAAAAUUGCUAGGAGAGAGGAACGUUUGGCCCAGGGGCCUGGAGAAAAACUACCGGCAGCAACGCCUGCUGCUGCACCGGCUGCAGUGUCUCAACCUACGCAGGGAUCGAAGAAAUCCAAGAAGUGAAUCCUAGGAGAAGUUUACUGGAGGAUGCAUGACAAUUGCCAGUCCUUGCUUUCUCCGUCACUUUUUUUUUAGGGUAGUUUUGAAGAGUGAGUUGUGUUUGUUUUUGACGAUGUUACUUGAUAUCCUAUAUGAAAGGAGUUAACAGAAUCUUUGUACUUCUUCUGCUUAAUUUAUAUUUU